UCGCGGGUACUAAGAUGGAAGGUGCCGGUGCCUUGAUCCUCCUCCACGACCUCACCCUUAUUCUACCCCAAUCCCACGGGAGCUCCUCAUCUUCACCAUGGCGGGGUUGGAGAAGGCGAUGUUCAAUCUGAAGUUCACGGCGAAGCAACUCAAUCGACAAGCCGCUAAAGCGAACAAAGAUGAGCAGACGGAAAAGGCGAAGCUGAAGAAGGCCAUUCAACAAAACCAUCCCGAAAUCGCGAAAGUGUAUGCGCAGAAUGCGAUACGGAAGAAGAACGAGAACAUCAACCUGCUGCGCCUGGCCUCGCGCAUCGACGCCGUCAGCUCGCGAGUGCAGACGGCCGUGACGAUGCGGCAAGUGACGGGCAGCAUGACGAAUGUGGUCAAGGGUAUGGACUCGGCGAUGAAGAGCAUGGACUUGGAGAAGAUCUCGGCCGUCAUGGACCGCUUCGAGACGCAAUUCGAGGACUUGGACGUUGCCACCGGCUACUACGAGAAUGCUACAUCGUCGGCCACUGCGGUGGGCACGCCGCAGGAGGACGUGGACAAGCUGAUGAGCCAGGUGGCGGAUGAGGCGGGAGUGGAAUUGUCACAAGAGAUGGCGGGAGCAACACCUGCGAACGACCUCAAGGCCGCGCCCGAGGAGGAGAGGGAGGAUAGGCUGGGAGAGAGAUUACGAGCGCUGAGGAACUGAUGGCCGAAGCAUGGGGAACGGAGGGGGAUAUGUGGGAUUCCGCGCGCGGCGUCUGGUGCACACUGUCAUGAGCGA